UUUUCCCGUCAAACCCACAAAACGCACUUUUUCGUCAAAAACACAUUUUCUGCCAAAACCGCAAAACGUACGUUUACCACCAAAUCGCAAAAACGUAUUUUCCGCCAAACCCAUAAAAACGUAUUUUCCGCCAAAACCAUAAAAAUGCUAUUUUCCCGUCGACACAUAAAAAUAUAUAUUUUAGUAAUUUUAUUAACAAAUCCACCUGGAUGUACAUACAAAUUAAAAAACAGUCAUAUAUAGCUGUAUUCGAAUGAUUCAUCUAGAUGCAUUGACGAAAUGAAGAAACGAACAACAUCCAGAUGAAGCAUCUGGAUAAAACAUCUAGAUAGACCAUCUGAAUGCAUCUUCCAAAUGUACAAAUGAACAUGGCCUUAAUCUUGGUAAAAGUCUCUGUGUAGAGAGAUUCGUGAUUUCAAGAUAAGUGAUUCAACAGAAACGAUGAUGAAAAAAACACGGAAAUUUAAAAAGCCAGAUUUAUUUCGCAAUGUAUUAAAGUAACUAGGUUGAUGUAAUCCUUUAUACAAGGGGUUCCUUUUUAAAUGCAAAUAAAAUAAUACUCCAUAUGUUCCUUAAUGUUACAUAUUCUAGAAAAAAAAAUGGUUUUUUAAAGAUCUAUUUUUUACAUUUUUAAUACAUAUUUUAUUAAUUAAUUGUAAACUUCAAAAAACUUAAUUGCACUUAUUGAAUUUUUAUUGACUUAAACUUAUGGAACAAAAAUAAACACAAAAAAAUUAUGUAAAUUUAAAGUGUUUUAUUAAAAUGUGCGAAAAAACUAGAAUAUGUAUUAUUAAGGAACAGAGAGAGUAUUAAGUAAACUUAAUGAAUCUCAUUGGUUACCAUUAGUGCUAACUGUAUUGUUAUCUUCUAAGUCUUCUGGUUCUUCUAGAUCUUCUGGUAACGUGCAAGUUACGACCCAUCUUAGAUUCCUAUUACCAGAUUCGAGACCAGUAGACCAACUUCCAAAUAAAUAGAUAUGUUCCGUUUUAAUUUGCUGGUCAGUACUGGGAAAUGAAUUCUGAUGGAGGUGGAGUACUUAGCUCUGUUUACAGCUAAAAUAACUGCUGUUUAUAGGUGAAAGAUUACCAAAGAAGUUUAGGAUAUUUUCUUGUGAAAAGUGACAUAGCUUCUAGUUGUAGUUGUUGCAUAUAUUCUCCCACAAGAAGGACGAAGUCUUAUUUUUAGUCUUUUUUUCUCCAAACAGAUUCUUUUUUACUUCUCUUUUGACUGUGCAUGUGCUUUUCCUUCUCUAUUUUUUUGUUUAAUCUUAUAUAAUAAUACUGCAUCCCACCAAAUUAUAGACUUCUUAUACUUAUUAUCUAGUAUUCAUUUUGACGUCAUAUAUGCAAAUCACUGUAAUAUUCCAACUUGAUACAUGAGUUCAAAGAGUCAUUUAAAUCAUAGUGUAGCUAUAGAUGUAAGUAAUGUAGUUUUUAUCGUUCGUCAUGUUGAAAUGCGGACAUCUAUAACUAACAAUGUAUAUACACACGAUGUAUUAAUUAAUUUGAUUCCAUAUACCAAUAAAAUAAUUUGCAAUAUACGAGAUACAAAUGUCUGAAAAAAUUUGCUCAUAACUAUCAUAUAUGAUAUACCACACAAAGGUUUUGGAAAGCUCAAUGAAAAUAACAAACUAGUGAACUACGAGUAAUUCAGUCCAAACAAUUGAUUUGGUUGAGGAUAUAUAAUUUUUACUUGGAAGAUUUUGAUUCUUUUGUGAAAUGUGGACUGUGGUAAACACAGUUCAGUAGUGUUUGGAGAAAUAUCUUUCAAACGUUUGGGUUCAAAAAUAGAAGAUGAUCUUCCGAUCAUAACGUGUAUUCCAUUCUAAAGUAGUACUGACCGCUCAUAAUUCUUCGGUCAAAAAAGUACUUAGGCCUAGUUUAGGAUUUAGCUAGUAAAAUGAAAAAUGUUUUGGAAAAAUGAAUGUGGUCUUAGUUAGGCAAGAGUUGCUAAGAUUGACGAGGAACGAAAAGAAGAAGAAAGUAAGGGGUAUGUUUAAUUUUUAUAAUAGUGAAAGAAAUUUCCAUUUAAAUAAAAACAAAUAAUAAAAUGAUUUCUUAAAAAAGAUUGGUCCAAAAAGAAAUAUUUCAAAGAAUAAAUUUACUGUUAUAUUAUUGGUGCAGUCUUUAAUGUAUGAGCCAUAUUCCUUAUAAAUACAUGCGUAAACCCACAUCUCAACUUAAAUCACCAACACAUUAAACACGACCUCUAAUUUAAAACCUCUCUCGUCUCUUUCGUGUCUCUUUUCGUUCUAUUCCAAAACCAACAAAAAUCAAGAACAACUACUAAUGGGAGGAAACAGAUCACACAGUAGCAAGAGGUUCUCUCUCUUCAGUUUCUUUAAGCCACGAAGAUCUCACAGAGUGGAAGCAGACGCCUCUUGGGAUGACUCCGUUUACACUCGAAAAGCAUUGGCUAGUGACGAAGACAAACCUUAUUGUGUGGCUGAACCAGGUAUCAACCGUAAGGCUUCUGCCUUUAUCGCCAAGUUCCAUGCAACUCGUGUCUCUGAGUCUGAGCGACAAACUCUCUCUCCUUACCAAUCCGAGAAGGCAUGAUGAAUGAUGAAUAACUUGAUUAUAUGUAAAUUGUUUUUGUUUAUUUAUUUGAUGUGUCUUUAUGAGAGUUUAUUGAUUGUGUAUUAAUUGUUGUUAAUAAUCAAUUUUCUUUACCUUUGUCUUAAUUGUUGUUAAUAAUCGAUGUUGCUAAUUACCGUUAAGAGUUUGUUGACGGGAAUAAAGACUAUCAAAUUCACGUCAACAACAAAGUUUGUUAAACUUUUAAGAGUAUAUAAAACUUAGCACCAGCAUAUGUACAUUCAUCAUUACCAAGAAUGAUAUGGAAUGACAGGAUUUAAUGAGGCUCUAAAACACCCAAAUUCAGAAUGUAGCUUGUUAUGAAUCUCAUUGACUAAGUCAGAAAAUAAUCCAAUCAAUAAGUAGUUUACACCUAGUCAUUCAUUCAAUUUGGAAGGCCAUGGAUUAUGACGUUUACAUAUAUAAGGUUUUCAAAUAAACCAAUUUAACCAAGUAAACAUCGCUUUGGUUUAUAAGUAUGAGUAUUUGCUUUUAUAGAAAUAGAAGAUCGAUCAUAUACUAUCCAUUAAGAUUAAGAGAAAUUGGCGUCACUACCCCUCUUUUAGACAUUAAUAAGCAAAACUACUCUCAUCAAUUAACCAACUUUUUCGUUACAAUUUUGCCCUUCGCAGAACAGAGUUUAGGCGCGGGACCCAACUAGUACUGCUCUUCUGCCCACUGUCAGACUGCUCUCCUAGACUGCUCUCCUACUACUAGUGGUAUUGAAUUAAAGCAUAUGUCCUAAAUAUAUUUUUUAUUAAUUGAAUAAAAAAUCGUAAAUAACUAGUGAAUGAUUUUUUUUUAGUUUUUCUAUUCCCUCAUCUCUCUGAACCAAACUCUCGUUCUCUCCUCUAAAGAUAAAAAUUCACUAGCUGGUGGGUUUUAUCUCGCCGUCAGUAUUCCUCUGCCCUUUUUCUGUUUGGUUUGAUUGCCUCAAUCCAUAGCUGUUUCAUCCCAUCCCCUUCUCUUUGUCCGCGCAUCUGGAUUUUUGUUGGGGCUAUACGGCGAAUCUAUAAAAAAACCAUGGCGAGGUCAGCUUGGUCUAAGAGUACGUCGGUGAGGUGUUGCGUUACUGCCUCCGAUUAUUCGUGAUAAGCAAAAGGAGCGUGGAAGACAAUGUAAAUCUCAAAGCAUUGGUGAAAAUGUUACUUUUACAAUUGCAUUUAGCUGCUCAUUUCAUUAUUUAGCGCCAUCAUAAUUUAGUUACUUGUUAAAUAUCGUGUUAUCAGAUAAUAAUGGUAGUAACAGUGUAGCUAGUAUAUUAACCAAUAAUAUUAAUAUUAUUUGUUAAAUUAUUAUUAAAAUUAAUCCUACCAAGUAUAUUUUGGAUGCUCUCAUAGAUGGAUGUGGAGUCUAUUUUUGAUGACACAUAAGACGGCUAGUGCAGGUGGUACAAACUCUCGGUGGUUAGAUGAAGAGGAAGAUGGCUUGGUGGAUAACAUGGUUCCCUUCAUCGGCGAAGGAUAUGUUUUCCGGAAAAAACAUAUUUAAAGAUGGAUUCGAAAGCAGACAUUUAAUUCUUAAUGAGGAUUAAGCAAAGGCAAAAAGAAAAACGAGCUAACAAUGGCAAUGGUAUAUUGAGGGAGGUCCGUAAAUUGAUCGAGCGGCUGCUUGGAGAAGGCAGUUAACCACUACAGUUAUGUUUGUUUGUGGCACAUAACUAAUCAUGUUAACCAUUAAAACGAAGUGAUGAACCUAUCUGACUGUUGUUGCACUCUCAUGUUAACCAUCAAAAGAAGUGACAAACUACGACCAUAUAUUUUACUAGACUAUUAGCUGUUAAAUGUGUUCUCCUCCGCUAAAACAUUAUAUUUGCGUAUUUAUUUUUAAUCUUCUUAGUCA